AUGGCGAGAGUCAUUCUGUCCAAGUCUCACGAGUAUGCGGACGAUGAUCCUGGACUGUCUUUGGACUAUUUCUGUCGAGAUCUCGAGCUCUACUCCAGCCGCGGUAAACACAAACUCGUUCAAGUGGACCACUACAAGGAGAAAAGCAGAUAUGAUCACGAAUUUCUCGUGUUCGAGAUCACACACGGCAAUUAUAAGUCAGGUUCUGGAAAGGACAAUAUAUAUUUGCGCAUGGAGCGACGCCCAAGCGGCCAAACCCCUCUACAUACAGCAGGGAGCUUUCAGCGGGUAACAAACGAUACCAUCAAGCGUGUACGACCCGAUUUUGACUGGUCUCCAUAUUAUCAUCUCUUCACCGUCUCCCGCCAUCCAGAGAAGGAGCUCUCGCUGUCAGACAUCUGCAAGAUGUACCAACCCAUCCGCAUCAUAUCACCAACGUAUGAUCCAGUCUCGCACAACUGUUAUUGGUUUUGCAACAAAUUUCUGCAAAAUCUCGCGGAGGAAUUACAGGUCUCUGGGUGUCCAGGGAAAGAUUACCGCUUGCGAAGCACCUUUGCUGUAGGAUUUACUCGGGUGUACCCUAAUCGGCUCGCUCGUUCAGCAUUGUUUUCAUUCGGCCCUGCUGAGGACGCGGGGGAGACAUCUGGUGAAUGCUGGUGUCUGCCGGUAAUGAUACCAUGGCGGGCGAGUAAAGCAGUGAAACGUAAGGCAAGCGAAGGCGGAAGUGCAGCACAAGUCAUCGAAAAGCCAUCGGAUGGGCUUAUUAGUAUACUUCCUACUCAGAGCCUUCCCCGAGUUGUAGCAGGGCCAUCACAGGAGAAGUAUCGGAUAAACUACGACUCUGCUCCGGAUAUUACUGCCGAGAGAGAAAAUGUGACUCCCAAUCGGAGGACGGUCUGGGAACUAGACGAGACUCGUUUGAUGACCCUCGAGGAUGUCCUGCAGCAGAAAAUUUCUUGGCAACCUGAGGCUGUUGAAGCCGUCGCCCAUGCAAUCACAGUUUCAACAGCCAAAAAGAAGACGAACAGGCCCAUAGCAUCACUAAUAUUUGCUGGACCAGCAGGUCGUCAACAAAGGGAUGUCGCUGAAGCACUUGCACAGGAACUCUUCGGUAAUUGCUCCCUCAUCAUAGAAAUCCUGAAGAUCAAAUCCUCAUACUUCGGCGACGAGGUGUGGUUUUCGACUGGUUGUUACCCUCGCAGAGAAAGCCACUUCCACUAUGAUUCUUUCGGUGGGGAACAGCUCCUGCAGUUUGUCAACCAAAACCCCCGCUGCUGUAUCCUGGUCACAGAGAGAAUCGAAAACAUCCCGCCCAAGAUCUUGGAGGUAUUUCUACGAAUCCUAGACCAGAGCCAAAUUCAUGAUCAAGAUAGAGUUGUGGAUUUUCGCGAAACAGUUUUGAUCCUGAGCACCGGUGUGGCAGAUCGAUUUCUGGAGUCCCAAGUGGGUGAGAUCCCGGAGGAGAAGCGUCGCAAAAUUGACGAGACAAUUCGAUGCGAACUUGAGAAGAUUAUUCAGGCCAAGCUCGAUGGAUCUUCUCCCUCUUUCCUCGACUGGUUCAGUCGUUUCACAAUUGCUCCAUUCCGCGCCUUAUGGGAUCCGGAAGCGAAGAAAGAAAUAAUCCAGAAGGAAGUGCAAGACCUGCAGCUCUGCACAGACGUCUCUAUCCACGUCAACGUGAAGGCUGAGAAGUGGCUUAUGAAGCGGGGGGUUGACUUCGAGCAUGGCGCAAAUCUAGCGUCCGAGCUGAUGUCCCAGAGGCUACUACACCGCAUAAAUGAAGGGGACGUCAGGAGGGGAGACAGGGUCGAGUUCCGGAUGAACGCAAGGUCGAACGCUCUCAGAUGCGUUGUGCCGACUGACGAUUUUUGGUCCCGCUUCCUUCCUACACUAUCCCCCACUGACGACGCCAGAGAAUUUAACUUUACAUCUACUGCUGGUCCAGUUUUUCCCACGGAGGAGUAUAUGACGGAAAUAGUUUCUGCGUAA